GUGCUGAAGCAAAGCGUCACCAAGCUGACGAACAUCCUGGAGGGCCUUCCCGAGAUGCCGUUCAACACGAUGGAGUAUAUGCUUCUCUGCACGACUAUCUACGAUUUUUGCACUAUGAAAACCCCCAAUGAUCUCAGUGAGCAGUUAUAUGCGGAGUACAAGAAAUCGUUGAUGGACUACCUGCAUUCCACGGUCUUACCUUCUUUGAGGUCGAAGAACGAUGAAUAUAUGCUGAAGGAACUCGUCCGGAGAUGGUUAAAUUACAAAGUCAUGGUCAGAUGGCUUUCGCGUUUCUUUCAUUACCUCGAUCGCUAUUUUGUCAAGAAGAAGGCACUUCUUCCACUCAAGGAAGCUGGGAUUACUUGCUUCCGUGACCUGGUUUAUGAGGAGAUGAAAGGAAAAAUAAAAGAUGCCGUCAUCUCUUUGAUUUAUCAAGAGCGAGAGGGGAGUCAAAUAGAUAGACCUUUGUUGAACAACGUCGUGGAAAUUUUCAUUCAGAUCGGUUUAGGAAGUAAAGAGUAUUAUGAAGUUGACUUGGAAGCCCCUUUGCUUCAAGACACCGCUGCCUAUUAUUCCAGGAAAGCUUCAAAAUGGAUUCUCGAGGAUUCAUGCCCGGAAUACAUGUUGAAGGCUGAGGAGCGCUUGAAGCAGGAGAAGGACAGGGUUGAUCAUUACUUGGACCAUACCACUAAACAGAAAUUGAUAGAGAAUGUGGAACAUCAGUUGCUGUCUGUAAAUGAAAUCCAACUUCUAGAAAAGGAAAAUUCUGGAUUGAUUGCAUUACUUCGAGACGGCAAGGUGGAUGACCUCGAGCGUCUGUAUAGGCUCUUCAGCAGAAUACCUGAAGGCCUGACUCAUGUUUCUCAGUUGUUUACGCAGCAUGUGAAAGCUGAAGGUACAGCCCUAGUCAGCCAGGCGGAGAACGCUGCGACAGAUCAAUCGGUUCAGUUUCUUUCUGAGAAUCAUGAAUUGAUGAACCUCUUGGGUUUUCAGGUUUUGAUCAGAAGAAUUAUUGAGCUGUAUGACAAGUAUAUGGGAUAUGUCCAGGAAAGCUUCCAGAAUCACACCCUUCUCAACAAGGCACUCAAAGAGGCUUUUGAAGUUUUCUGCAAUAAGAGCGUCGCGGGCUCCUCGAGUGCCGAGAUGCUGGCUUCCUUUUGCGAUAAUGUUCUUAGAAAAGCAGGAAGUGAGAAGCUCAGUGAUGACGAAAUUGACAGGACUUUGGAGAAGUCCAUGAAAUUGCUUUCUUACAUCAAUGACAAAGACCUGUUUGCUGAGUUCUCCAGGAAGAAGCUUGCGAGGAGGUUGCUGUUUGACAGAUAUGCUAACGAGGAUCAUGAGAGGCUCAUUUUGACGUACCUAAAGCAGCAAUGUGGAGGGCAGUUCAGCUCAAAGAUGGAGGGCAUGGUGACUGAUCUAACUCUUGCUAAAGAAAACCAAUCGUGUUUCGAGGACUACCUCUACGCGAACCCCCAUGCGCAUCCAGGGACAGAGCUCAGUGUCAGUGUUCUCACGACUGGAUUCUGGCCAAGUUACAAAUCAUCUGAUCUCACCCUUCCCGAUGAGAUGAUCAAAUGCAUAGAAGCCUACAAGAAGUUUUAUGAGUCCAGCACCAAGAACAGAAAGCUUUCGUGGAUAUAUUCGUUAGGGACAUGUAACAUCAAUGCCAAGUUUGAUGCCAAAUCCAUAGAGCUUAAUGUGGCAACUUAUCAGGCGGCAGUUCUUCUGCUAUUUAACUCCGCAGAUAGAUUGAGCUACGCAGAGAUCAAAGCUCAGCUCAACUUGACCGAUGAGGACAUGGUCAGAGUGCUUCACUCGCUUUCUUGUGCCAGAUAUAAGAUUCUAAAGAAAGCGCCAAUGACAGACACCGUCUCUCCCAACGACAUCUUCGAGUUCAAUUCCAAAUUCACCGACAAAAUGAGAAGGAUUAAGGUACCUCUUCCCCCGGUGGACGAGAACAAGAAGGUGAUAGAAGAUGUCAACAAAGAUCGAAGAUAUGCUAUUGAUGCUUACAUCGUGCGCAUCAUGAAAAGUCGAAAGGCUUUGGGUCAUCAACAGUUGGUGUUGGAAUGCAUCCAACAGCUUAGCCGCAUUUUCAAGCCUGACGUAAAAUUGAUCAAGCAACGAAUAGAAGAUCUGAUCACCAGAGAAUUUUUAGAGCGGGACGAGGAGGACCCAAACAUUUACAAAUACAUUGCCUGAUCGACCUGAUCUCAAUCGAUUACAAGCUUUCCAGACUCGAAGAUGCAUCUCGUGGAUUUGCCCUAACUCGGUAGCUUAUACCAAGAGAAAGAAGAAAACAUAUGUACUGUAAUUACAUGACCUCUGACCAUAGAAAUGCAUUGU